ACGCGACGGAGCGGGCUGCGAAGAUGGCGGACGAUGAGGCCGAGCAGGAGCGCCUGAGCGGUGGCGGCUGCGCGGCGGAGCUGCGGCGCCUGGGCGAGCGGCUGCAAGAGCUGGAGCGGCGGCUGUGCGAGAGCCGGGAGCCCGCGGUGGAGGCCGCCGCCGCCUACUGCCGCCAGCUGUGCCAGACACUUCUUGAAUAUGCAGAGAAAUGGAAGACUUCCGAAGACCCUUUACCUUUGCUGGAGGUGUACACAGUGGCCAUCCAGAGCUACGUUAAAGCUCGACCAUACCUUACCUCUGAGUGUGAAAGUGUAGCCUUGGUGCUGGAACGUUUGGCAUUAAGCUGUGUUGAACUUUUACUGUGUCUGCCUGUUGAGCUGUCAGAUAAGCAGUGGGAACAAUUUCAGACCUUGGUACAGGUAGCGCAUGAGACACUGAUGGAGAGCGGCAGCUGUGAACUGCAGUUCCUAGCUACUCUAGCUCAGGAGACUGGGGUGUGGAAAAACGCAGUGCUCUCCACUAUCCUUUCCCAGGAACCACUGGAUAAAGAGAAAGUGAAUGAAUUUUUAGCUUUUGAGGGUCCCAUCUUGUUGGAUAUGAGAAUUAAACAUCUAAUCAAAACAAAUCAGUUAAGUCAAGCAACCGCUCUAGCAAAGCUGUGUUCUGAUCAUCCUGAGAUUGGUACAAAAGGUAGUUUUAAACAAACUUACCUUGUCUGUCUUUGCACAUCAUCUCCAAGUGAAAAGCUAAUUGAAGAGAUUUCAGAAGUGGAUUGCAAAGAUGCGUUAGAAAUGAUCUGUAACUUAGAGUCGGAGGGCGAUGAGAAAAGCGCCCUGGUUUUGUGCACUGCCUUUCUGUCGCGGCAGCUCCAGCAAGGAGACAUGUACUGUGCUUGGGAACUCACUCUGUUUUGGAGUAAAUUGCAGCAAAGGGUGGAACCAUCAGUACAAGUGUACCUGGAAAGGUGUCGGCAGCUUUCCCUGUUAACGAAGACUGUGUAUCACAUUUUCUUCCUGAUUAAAGUUAUUAAUUCAGAGACUGAAGGGGCUGGACUUGCUACCUGCAUAGAAUUAUGUGUAAAAGCUCUUCGCUUGGAAUCUACAGAAAAUACUGAAGUGAAAAUAUCAAUUUGCAAAACCAUUUCAUGUUUGUUGCCUGAGGAUCUGGAAGUUAAACGUGCUUGUCAGUUGAGUGAAUUUCUUAUUGAGCCUACAGUAGAUGCAUAUUAUGCUGUGGAAAUGUUAUACAACCAGCCAGACCAGAAAUAUGAUGAAGAGAAUCUUCCAAUACCAAAUUCUCUACGUUGUGAGCUCUUACUUGUUUUGAAAACUCAGUGGCCCUUUGAUCCAGAAUUUUGGGAUUGGAAAACUUUGAAACGCCAGUGUCUUGCUCUCAUGGGAGAAGAGGCGUCUAUUGUGUCCUCAAUUGACGAACUGAAUGACAGUGAAGUCUAUGAGAAAGUAGACUACCAGGGAGAAAGGGGAGACACAUCUGUGAAUGGCCUUUCUGCUGCCGGACUUGGUACUGAUUCUGGCCUGCUGAUGGAUACUGGUGAUGAAAAGCAGAAGAAGAAAGAGAUAAAAGAAUUAAAAGAUAGGGGGUUUAUAUCUGCUAGGUUUAGGAAUUGGCAAGCCUACAUGCAGUAUUGUUUGCUCUGUGACAAAGAAUUCCUUGGACACAGAAUAGUACGGCAUGCUCAAAAACAUUACAAAGAUGGGAUUUACAGCUGUCCCAUAUGUGCAAAGAAUUUUAAUUCUAAAGAAUCGUUUGUCCCUCAUGUUACCCUGCAUGUUAAACAGUCUAGUAAAGAAAGACUAGCAGCUAUGAAGCCAUUAAGAAGAUUGGGAAGGCCCCCUAAAAUCACAACCACCCAUGAAAAUCAAAAGACUAACACUAGUACUGUGGCUAAACAGGAACAGCGACCCAUAAAAAAGAAUAGUCUUUAUUCAACAGAUUUCAUAGUGUUUAAUGACAACGAUGGUUCAGAUGAUGAAAAUGAAGACAAGGACAAGUCUUAUGAGCCCGAGGUGAUCCCUGUCCAGAAACCAGUACCUGUUAAUGAGUUUAAUUGCCCUGUGACCUUUUGUAAAAAGGGCUUUAAGUACUUCAAAAAUUUAAUUGCUCAUGUGAAAGGCCAUAAGGAUAGUGAAGAUGCCAAACGCUUUCUUGAAAUGCAAAGCAAGAAAGUCAUUUGCCAGUACUGUAGAAGGCACUUUGUAAGCGUCACUCAUCUCAAUGAUCACUUACAAAUGCACUGUGGCAGUAAGCCGUAUAUAUGUAUACAGAUGAAAUGUAAGGCUGGUUUUAACAGUUACGCAGAGCUGUUAGCCCACCGAAAGGAGCAUCAAGUCUUUAGAGCAAAGUGCUUAUUUCCAAAAUGUGGCAGAAUUUUUUCCCAAGCUUAUUUACUGUAUGACCAUGAAGCCCAACAUUAUAAUACGUACACGUGCAAGUUCACAGGUUGUGGUAAGGUGUACCGUUCUCAGAGCGAGAUGGAGAAGCAUCAGGAUGACCACAGUCAACCUGAACCAGCGCUGCCUCCUGAAGACCAGCUUCAGCCAUCUGGAAAUGAUGUGAAUCUGAACUCAGGAGGGACGGCUGUGGACGGAAGGUCCGAGAACAGCAUUGACAAGAACCUGGGAUCAAACAGAAGUGCAGAUUGGGAGAAAAACAGAGGAGAGUCCGCUGUGACUAAACACGGCCAGAUCUCUACCUCUGAACUCAGGCAAGCUAACAUACCAUUGUCAAAUGGUCUGGAAACCCAUGAUAAUACUACGGUUCUUCGGACCAAUGAAGUAGCUGUGUCCAUCAAGGUGUCUGUCAACCAUGGGGUUGAGGAUGACUUUGGAAAGCAAGAAAACCUAACCAUGGAAGGCACUGGUGAGCCACUGAUCACAGAUGUGCAUAAACCAGGUAUAGGUGCUGGGGUCCAGUUAUGUCAUCCGGGUUUCCAAGAAAAGAAAGGUCAUGAGUGCCUGAAUGAAGCCCAGAAUUCUUUAUCAAACUCAGAAUCACUGAAGAUGGGGGACCUUAACCCACAAAGCUUAGAAAGACAGGUGAACACUCUGAUGACCUUUUCUGUACAAAAUGAGGCAGGACUUGAAGACAAUUCACAAAUUUGCAAGUUUGAAUGUGGAGGUGAUGUUAAAACCUCAUCCAGCCUUUAUGAUUUACCUCUUAAGACACUAGAAAGUAUCACAUUUGUUCAGUCACAGCCCGACCUAAGCAGUCCGUUGGGAUCUCCAUCAGUACCUCCAAAAGCUCCAGGUCAGAAGUUCAGCUGCCAGGUUGAGGGAUGCACUCGAACAUAUAACUCUUCACAGAGUAUUGGAAAACACAUGAAGACAGCACACCCUGACCAAUAUGCUGCUUUUAAACUGCAGCGCAAGACUAAAAAAGGUCAGAAAUCUAACAACUUAAAUACACCAAAUCAUGGAAAGUGUGUUUAUUUUUUGCCGUCACAAGUGAGCAGCUCUAAUCAUGCUUUUUUUACACCACAGACCAAAGCCAAUGGGAACCCUGCCUGUUCAGCCCAGUUGCAGCAUGUCUCGCCUUCCAUUUUUCCAGCUCAUUUAGCAAGUGUAUCAGCUCCAUUGUUACCCUCAGUGGAAAGUGUCCUAAGUCCAAAUAUACCUUCUCAGGAUAAACAUGGACAAGAUGGUAUAUUAUGUUCACAAAUGGAAAAUUUGUCUAAUACUCCCUUACCAGCACAAAUGGAAGAUCUAACCAAAACAGUUUUACCUUUGAAUAUUGACAGCGGCUCAGAUCCUUUUCUUCCUUUACCCACAGAAAAUAGCUCUCUCUUCUCUUCACCAGCAGACAGUGAGAAUAAUUCUGUUUUUUCCCAACUGGAAAAUAGUACAAAUCAUUUUCCCACCCAUACGGAUGGAAACAUAAAUUCCUCUUUUCUGAAAGGAGGCAGCAGUGAAAAUGGGGUUUUUGCUUCCCAAGUAAGCACUGCAGAUGACUUCAGUAGCACCAGUGCCCAACAGUCUACACCUAAGAAAGUGAAAAAAGACCGUGGUCGAGGCCCAAAUGGGAAGGAAAGAAAACCCAAGCACAACAAAAGGGCUAAAUGGCCUGCGAUUAUCAGAGAUGGGAAAUUCAUCUGUAGCAGGUGUUACAGGGCUUUCACCAACCCCAGGUCCCUGGGUGGACACCUGUCUAAAAGGUCUUACUGCAAACCACUGGAUGGAGCAGAAAUUGCACAGGAACUUCUACAGACCAACAGACAGCCUUCCCUCCUGGCUAGCAUGAUUCUCUCCACAAGUGCAGUAAAUAUGCAACAGCCACAACAGUCUAACUUUAAUCCAGAAACAUGCUUUAAAGAUCCAUCAUUCCUGCAACUUCUUAAUGUGGAAAAUCGUCCAACCUUUUUACCAAGUACAUUUCCAAGAUGUGACGUGAGUAACUUUAAUGCCAGUGUUAGUCAGGAAGGCAGUGAAAUUAUUAAGCAGGCUUUAGAAACUGCUGGCAUUCCCAGCACGUUUGAGAGUGCCGAAAUGCUUUCUCAGGUUGUUCCAAUAGGCAGUGUCUCCGAUGCAGCACAAGUCAGUGCAGCGGGGAUGCCAGGGCCACCUGUGACACCCUUGUUACAGACUGUUUGCCACCCAAACACCUCACCAUCAAACCAGAAUCAAACACCAAAUUCCAAAACCCUCAAAGAAUGUAACAGUUUGCCUCUCUUUCCAACAGAUGAUUUACUGCUAAAGACUAUUGAAAAUGGCUUGUGCUCCAAUUCAUUCAGUAGUUCUACUGAACCACCACAAAAUUUUACCAAUAAUAGUGCACAUGUUUCUGUUAUAAGUGGGCCUCAAAAUACAAGAUCCAGUCAUUUGAAUAAAAAAGGAAACAGUGCAUCUAAGAAGAGAAAAAAAGUUGCUCCUGCAGUAAUUGUAUCUAAUGCUUCCCAAAAUGUGCUACCAACUGAUUUACCAGUGGGCCUUCCAGCAAAGAAUCUUCCAGUCCCUGAUACCAACACACGGUCAGACAUGACUCCAGAUUGUGAACCUCAGGCUUUGGUGGAAAAUCUCACACAGAAAUUAAAUAACAUUGACAAUCACUUGUUUAUAACUGAUGUAAAAGAGAACCGUAAAGCCAGUCUUGAGCCCCAUACAAUGUUAACCCCUUUAACAUUAAAAACUGAAAACGGCGAUUCCCGAAUGAUGCCUUUGAGUUCAUGCACAGCAGUGAAUUCUGAUUUGCGGAUUUCUGAAGAUAAUGUUAUUCAGAACUUUGAGAAGACUCUUGAAAUUAUUAAAACUGCUAUGAAUUCUCAAAUACUUGAGGUAAAAAGUGGAUCUCAGGGUACUGGUGAGACAACACAGAAUGCUCAGAUAAAUUACAGUCUGCAACUUCCCUCAGUAAACUCCAUCCCAGAUAACAAGCUGCCUGAUGCUUCUCAGUGCUCCUCUUUCCUAACUGUAAUGCCAACAAAGUCUGAAGCAUUACAUAAGGAGGAUCAAAUACAGGACAUUUUAGAGGGUUUGCAAAACUUAAAACUAGAAAAUGACAGCUCUGCCCCAGCUUCCCAGGCUAUGCUAAUGAACAAAUCAGUAGCACUGUCCCCUACUCCUACUAAAUCAACUCCAAAUAUUGUAGUCCAGCCAGUGCCCGAAGUGAUACAUGUUCAGCUUAAUGACAGAGUUAAUAAGCCCUUUGUGUGUCAAAACCAAGGCUGUAACUACAGUGCUAUGACAAAGGAUGCCCUGUUUAAGCACUAUGGUAAAAUUCAUCAGUAUACUCCAGAGAUGAUUCUUGAAAUUAAGAAGAAUCAGUUAAAAUUUGCUCCAUUUAAAUGUGUAGUACCUUCAUGUACCAAAACAUUUACAAGAAACUCUAAUCUCCGGGCACACUGUCAGUUGGUGCAUCAUUUUACAAUAGAAGAAAUGGUAAAGCUAAAAAUAAAAAGGCCCUAUGGAAGAAAAUCUCAGAGUGAAAAUGUGUCAUCUCCACAGAAUAAUCAAGUGAAAAAACAGCCACCCAUGGCAGAGGAAACAAAAACAGAGUCACAGCCAGCCUUCAAGGUACCAGCAGCGACAGGUGAUGCUGCACUUGCUAAUGCAACAGUAAUCCCAGAAAAACAACUUGCAGAAAAAAAAAGUCCUGAGAAGCCAGAAAGUUCUUCACAGCCUGUCACAUCUCCUGCUGAACAAUAUAAUGCAAAUCUUGCGAACCUAAAAACCAAAGGAAGGAAAAAUAAGAGGCAUAGAAAAGAAAAGGAAGAAAAACGGGAGAAGAAUCCAGUUUCCCAGGCCUUUGAACUUCCAACAAAAUACAGUUCGUACAGACCUUACAGCUGUGUGCACCAGGGAUGCUUUGCUGCAUUUACAAUACAGCAAAACUUGAUUCUUCAUUACCAGGCUGUACAUAAAUCAAAUCUUCCUACAUUUUCUGCAGAGGUUGAAGAGGAGAGUGAAGCUGUUAAAGAAAGUGAAGAAACUGAACCUAAGCAAUCAAUGAAAGAAUUUAGGUGUCAGGUGAGUGACUGUUCUAGGAUUUUCCAAGCAAUUACUGGCCUAAUACAGCACUACAUGAAACUUCAUGAAAUGACCCCCGAGGAAAUUGAAAGCAUGACUGCUGCUGUGGAUGUUGGCAAAUUUCCAUGUGAUCAGUUGGAAUGUAAGUCGUCUUUUACAACAUACCUGAGCUAUGUUGUUCAUCUUGAGGUAGACCAUGGAAUUGGAACAAGGACAAGUAAGACAGAAGAAGAUGGCAUAUACAAAUGUGACUGUGAAGGCUGUGACAGGAUCUAUGCCACGCGGUCUAAUCUUCUCCGACACAUCUUUAAUAAACAUAAUGACAAGCAUAAAGCCCAUCUGAUUCGGCCAAGAAAAUUAACUGGCCAGGAAAAUAUAUCAAGUAAGGCAAACCAAGAAAAAUCAAAGUCUAAACAUCGGGCAACAAAACCCAACAGAUCUGGGAAAGAAGGAAUGAAAAUGCCAAAGACAAAGCGAAAGAAAAAAAGUAAUUUAGAAAACAAGAGCGCAAAAAUAGUGCAGAUUGAGGAAAAUAAGCCUUAUUCUCUAAAACGUGGGAAGCACGUGUAUUCCAUAAAGGCUAGGAAUGAUGCCUUGGCAGAGUGUACAAGCAAAUUUGUGACACAGUAUCCAUGUAUGAUAAAAGGGUGUACCUCAGUCGUUACAAGUGAAAGCAAUAUAAUUAGACAUUAUAAGUGUCAUAAGUUGUCCAGGGCAUUUACAUCACAACACCGCAACAUUCUUAUUGUUUUUAAGCGAUAUGGCAACCCACAAGGAAAGGAAAUCUCUGAGCAAGAAGAUGAAAAGAAUGAUAAAAAAGAUCCUGAUUCAUCUGUUUUAGAGAAAAAUGAUAACUCAGAACCAGCUGCUGCUCCACAGGAAGAAGGUAGAAAAGGUGAAAAGGAUGAGAUGGAUGAGUUAACAGAAUUAUUUAUUACAAAGUUAAUAAAUGAAGACAGCACAAAUGCAGAAAACCAAGUCAAUACUACUUUAAAGGUAAAUAACGAAUCUCAGGAACAUGAUUCCUGCAUGUCAGAAAGACAAAAGACUGGUAACUUAAAGAGAGUUUAUAAAGAAAAAAACACUGUGCAGAAUAAGAAACGGAAGAUUGAUAAAACUGAGCCAGAAGUAUCCUUGGUGGUAAAUAGUACACGGAAAGAGGAAGAGACUGCCGUAGCAGUUCAGACCACUGAGGAGCAUCCUGCAUCCUUUGACUGGAGCUCCUUCAAGCCUAUGGGAUUUGAAGCAUCCUUUCUGAAGUUUCUUGAAGAAUCUGCAGUGAAGCAGAAGAAAAAUAGUGACAGAGACCAUUCAAACAGUGGAAGUAAAAGAGGAUCCCAUUCCAGCUCCAGAAGACAUGUUGAUAAGACUGCGGCGGCUGGUAGCAAUCAUGUGUGUCCCUGUAAAGACAGUGAAAUCUUUGUACAGUUUGCCAAUCCCUCAAAGCUUCAGUGCAGUGAGAAUGUAAAAAUUGUUUUAGACAAGACUCUUAAAGAUCGCUCUGAGCUUGUCCUAAAACAGCUUCAGGAAAUGAAACCUACUGUCAGUCUAAAAAAACUUGAAGUACUAUCCAAUAAUCCAGAUAGGACUGUUUUAAAAGAAAUCAGUAUAGGUAAAGCCACGGGCAGAGGGCAGUACUGAUAACUCAUGUACUAUAAAUACAUAUCAUUUGUAGUUUUAUUUUAAAUAGAAAGCCAUCAAGCAUGCUGUUGUGAGCUUUUUAAUUUGUUGACAUGGAUUAACCUAGCUUUAAAAAAAAAUGAGAAAAAAAAGCCAUGACAUUUGUCAUGUAGAACUUUAUUUUAUCCCUAUGGGACUUGAACAGAAUCAAUACUUCAGUUAUUGUAAAUAAUUGAGUUAAGCCUCAAAUUUCUGUCACCCAGUUGUCCUUUCCAUGAACGAUACUGAAUUAGUGUGAUUGGUAUCUUUUCAGCAGAUCACCAUUCAUGUAUAGCAGUACUCUUUAUUUGUAGAUAUUUUUUGUAUAUAUUUAUUAUUGUAAAUCAUUUGCUGCCACCAGCAGUCUGUAAGUCUAAAUGAGUAAAUGAUACGUUUAUAUUUGCAAUUUUAAUUUUAACAAAGUGAUCAAGUUUUUAAACUUUUAUUGUUUUAAAUUAAGAACCUUUUGAAUUAAAACUAGAACUGCCAUACUUAAUUUUUUUUUAACAUAAAACAUUUACAAAAUGAUCAAGGUGUUUUGUUUCGCACGGUAGGCACAUUACAGCACUCUGCUCUGUGAAUUUGCCAUCCUCCACUCUUGGAUGGUGUUCAUGUGAAGUUAGAGCAGAUUCCUUCAUUUCAUUCAUAUAGCUACAGAUUUUUUUUCCUUUUUCCAUUGCUUCUGAUCAGAUAUAGUUACUAUGAGUCCCUGAAAUGUAACGGAAAUGUGAAUAAAGACUUUACUACAUUGAAGAUUUUAAACAUUGGUAUUUUAAGAUAUCCUUUGUCAAUGUGAUAGAAAGUAGUAGUGGCGCAGUGUAAAUAUGCCAGGUGGUGGUUUGUGAAGUAGCCCAGUAUUGCCUUAAAUAAAAUCACAUUUCAGUUCUUCUUUUGUAUGUGAUCUUAUAAGAUUUUUUUCCCCUUCCACUUUCUGAGAUUUAUGGAUGGUGUAUAGCUUUAAACUGUAUAAACUUUUGUGGAAAGAAUUUUUUAGACAUUUUUAUAAAUUUUAAAAUUGGUAUCAUCCAAGUGAGCCCAUCUUGUGUUUAUAAAAUGCAAGAAUCCUUAACAUUUAUAGUUACAUAGAUGAGACACUUUCUAUAAGGAAGUAUUAUGUUUUGAUUUGACUAUUUAUAGGCAUCCGGUUGUGAGAUCUGUCUGUCGUCACAUUAUCUAAUGAUAAUCGAUUGUCAUUAGAUUAGUCUGCAAGAACAGUAUUAGUCAUGAUUGAUUAUUUGAUCACUCAGUAACUAGUUCUUCUAGCUUAGCUUUCUUCACCGUAUCUGUGCUGGGAGGAAGAAGUGAUGUCUGGAGCACUGACGGCCCUCAUGGAUAGCAGCACAGCUGAAAUCAGGACUGGAAACCAGGCAGCAUUUGGAUAUCUACCUUCAUGUUUGCCAUAAAUAGCAUUGUUUCUUUGGGGGUUUUUUGUUUGUUUGUUUUUCCUUUUGUUCGUUCGUUUGUUUUUUGAUGUGUUACAAAACAUCUGCGUUCACAGUGCCACCCCGGCCUGUGGUGGUGUGGUCACAUGGAUGUGUCCCCUGUUCUGUGUCAGAGUAGCAGGGAAUGAGGCACUAAGGUGGCUGGCACUCUGAAUAAAUCAGCAUGGUGAAAGAAUGACCGUAAUCUCUUUUGGAAACUUUUAAAGUUUAAUUAUUAAAGUAAUACAGUUUUAUUUGGGGGGCCUAAUGGGUUGUGUUGAGUAGUUGGUUUCACUUUAAGGUUUCUUUUCAGUAUGCAUAAUACUUGACAUAUUAAAAUCCUUGGUAAGCCCACUGUUAUUUAUUAAUGUUAAAAUAAAGGUGGUUUUCAUGGUUGAUUUAUAUUUUUUCAACAACUGAAUAACGUUUUGUUCACGGGGCAUUUUCAUACAAUUUUCUUAGAUCCUUCUAACUCUUUUAAGUAUGGGUAUUUAGCAAUAAUAUCUGAUAGAAUACUGUAGCAAAGAGAUUUGUUGCCAAGCAUUUAAGUUAGCCACUGUAAAGUGAAAAAGCCAAUGCAAAACCAGGCAUUGUGGUCCAUACCCAAUUCUAGUACUCAGGAUUGUCUGCCUCAAAACCCAAGCCAGCCUGUGCUACAUAUGAGAUCCUGUCUGCAGAAACAAGGACAGAAAAUAUGGAAGAGAAAACAAUAUAUUGUGCAACUUCUUCCCUCAUUAGAAGAUUAACCACUACACUUGACUAUAUUUUCCAAGAGGAUUGCCAACAUUGAGUAGCAUUUGUAUAUGUAUUUUAUAGGUAGUGAAGUUAAAGCAGUUAAUGAGACUACUUUUAAGGUGCAACUGAUGAAAUUAUAUAAUAAGACAAGAAUGAGGUACAAAACAGCACACUGGCAAAGUGGAAUGCCUUGGGACUAAAUAAUGGCAAAAACAUACUGGUUUCAAAUACAGUUUUUCUCAAUCUGUUCUUAAAAUACUCUCUUUCUCCAACCUAAAUUUGCCCAAGGUGUCCUCAUUAGAAGUGGGGUUUUCCCUCUAUUUAAAUCUUUAAUAUUACAGGUCAGAAUCGUAUUCAAAGUAAAUCAUUGCCAUAAGUUAACAUGACAGUUCUGGGAAGUUUUUCAGCAGUGUUAAAAUCCGUUACAUUUUAGAAAGCUAGACAGAUAACGUAUUUUUUAAUGAAAGAAAAGGCGUCCGUUGAGUGCAGUUAAGUUGAGCAGCUGCUCCUUUGGGACAAUUGACACUGUUUAGUGAGUAGAGAUUAGCUAGAAGCCACGGUCCUAGUUUAGAAAGAUUGAUGUAAGCAGAGUAAAUGGAACUUGGGAGAGAAACUAGGUUUAUGAAAGACACUAGUGCAAGCCUUCUUUAUGAUCCUGGAUAGCGAGUUAUGAUCAGUGAUUUCCUGUGCUGCAGCGUCCCUGAAAGAGAAAGAGUGCAUUAGCGUGCUGGAUACUUUAGAGUCUUGGAGAAAACAGGGCGCUGGUUAGUGGGAGAAUCUGUUAGGCUUAGGUGGUCAUGAAAACAUUUUUCCUUUUUAACAUCAAGAGUGUUCUGCUGCAUUGAACUCUGAAGGGCUGCAGAGCUGUCUUCACUCUGUUGGCAGGCUGCUCAUUUACCGGCAUGAGAGACCCUGAGCUCCAUCAGCAGUGUUACUAACAGGGUCCGUGGGCCUCUUUCUCAGAGUUGAUCGGGUGUGCAGUAUCUCGGCCAUAUACAGAUGGCUACCAUUCUGAAGGGCCUACCAUUGCAGUGUAUUGAUCCUUAUGUAGUAUUGGCUAUUAAUGAUUUGAAUAUCACCGUGUAUUCAGUAAUACACUUGUGUAUUUUUACCACACUCCAGUCCUGUCAAAGCCCCUGCCAAACUUCAGACAUAACACUCGUGCUGCUCAUUCAUGUGACCCGUUUUCUCUCUUUCGGCUCACAGUUUACAUCCCCUUAGGAAGGGCGCUCUGAAGUCAGAGGCUGAGAAUUUUCUUUUUAAUGAAAAUUAUAGGUGUGUCCUAUUCAUGCAAGUAAUACCCAAUAAUAGCUCAUUUGAGUCCAAUCAAAACUCAUCUGGUUACACAGUCCAUUCCCUCACUUUAUACUUCCUAUACAUUAUUCCUCACUUGGUAUUUACUGCCAUUAUGUUUACCUACCUAGAACAGCCGCCCCCCACCCCCCGUGUGUGAGAGGGGUUGGGGGGGGGAGAGCGCGCGCAUCUAUUCUGAGGAGUUAUGUAUUACCAGUGUACUUAAGGAACAAACAUGACCAUCCCAAUUUAUUACAAGGCUAAGCAUCACACAUCCGCACCAUUUAUCACCUCAGCUUUGAUCUAUUCUAGCAUUCCUCAUCUAGAAGUUUAAGCUCUGUGAUUUUUAAAUCUAAUGUAUGCUUCCUGAAAACCAAAAGCAUUCGUACCUCCUACAUGGAAGAAACCUUUAUACUUCUGUUCAUGUAAUGACCCCAGAUCAAUCAUCUUUUGCCUGGAACACUGUCCUGUCCCUUGGUUUUCUUGAAUGUCUCCAUCACCACCACUAAGUGGCAUGUUUAGGCAGUAUCCCUUUCAACUUCAGUGUCUUUUGGAGUAUUUGUGGUUCUGCCUAUAUCUUGUUACUCUCCUUUGCUGAUCAUAUAGUGGUUAUAUUGGUUUCAAUUUAAAUCCUCAAACCAGCAAGUUCUUCACAUCUCCAGGCCUUAUUCUUAGCUGUUUCUUUUGUUCAGAAUGCUUUUUUUCUGUGCUACAACUUUCUCAUCAAAUGCAGCUUUUUUGGCCCCAUAAUUGAGUGUUUAUUGCUAAAACACUUGGGUUUUCUUCUGAACUUUUGAGUUACUGCUUUUUACCCUCUUGAUUGGGGUCAGAAUUGAAAUAUAGAGUAAUAUUCUCAAAGGAGCGAUGCUGGUUAUUGAGAAAAGUGGUAAAGGAGAUGAGGCUUUAUAGGUCAGAAAAGUCAGGGCUAACUCUAGGCCAAAAAAGAGUGUGCCUUUUUAUACAGGGGCUGAUAGGAGUGGGUUUAAGGAAGUGGUAGGGAGCUGGUAAAAGGAUGUUGUCAACAGGAAAGGCAAGCAAGGGCUGCAUCAUCAUCGUGUCUUAGACCCACCUGUACUGGACUUCAUAGUCACUAAAGAAUUGACAUUUGGGGCUGAAGCAGAGAAAUGUGAGUUAAGCAGUUUUACAUUUUCAGUAAGGGAAAAAAUCCACUGGAUAAUUUAAGAAGUAGUCGAAUGAUUGUCUCAGUCAUUCUGGAGAGAGAAUACUGACUGAAUAGAACAGUAGUAAAAACCCGGGAGGAAAUGUAGAUAGGAUUGAGUAAUCUAGAAUAUUCUAUGCCAUUUGGUUGACUAUGGGAAGACAAAGGCAAAAAUUGGGUUUGUUUCCAUUCAAGAUGCCACUUACUGGUGCAGAUAGGACUGGAGCAAGCAUUUAUUGUAAGUGGAUGGUUGUGAAAGGAAGGGUGUACAUAGAAAAAUAUUGUAGCUUGGUGCAGGGGAACUCCAAUGUUUAAAAGAAGAAAUUAUUUCCUUUUAGUAGAAGCCAGAAGGAAUUGGUAACUGGAGGCUCGCAUGGCUUCCUGUCCAAGUGUUUGAAAGUAAUGCCCUAAAAGUGUCCAUGACGUAUUUGAUAGGAGGUAAAAGUGAGAAAUAGUAUAUAUUCAAUUAUAAGAGUUUUGGCUUUGGUAAUUUAUUUUCCUUGCAGUGUUAUUUGGCAGACUAAUACAGAAGUAAGGUUAGAAGAAUCAGUGUUGAAUUUGAGGCUCCUGUAGGUUACUAUGGCAAAGAAGUACAGUGUUCCUAAUUGAAAUAAUUCUGGAGUUGAAAACUGAAAGGAAACUGUCUUUCAUUUCUUGAGUAUUUAAUAUAUUUUGUUAGAGUUAAGAACAGCUACAAGUAAAAGUUUGGGCAUUUACCAUUAUUAACAUAGGAUGGAGAUUUGAAAAUUAUAUCCUUGUAGAAAAUGAAAAGUGGCCAAGCAGCUAGGCCUGAGGAACAUCAAUACUUGCUUGGUGGGCAAAAGAAAGUAAACCAGCCAAGUCUCGGAAAGGAAGAGACAAGACUCAGAAAGGUCAUAGCAAAGUGUUUGGCUAUGCCAAAGGGAGAGGAGUUAGUUAGAACUGAGUCCUAAAACCAGUUGCUAGUCAUUUUGAUGUAGAGAACUGUAAGUGUAUGGGUUUUUUCCUAGUUAUGCAUAGUGAAAAAAAUGCAUAGUGAAAAAAAAGAGGUAAAAAUUGGGGUAAUAGAUGGAACCUGUUCUGGGAACAAAGUCUGUAAUGUUAGGAUUAUGAUAGAGAACACAAUUUAGAUGUGUAUUAAAAGUAGUGUCGUUAGCCAGGCAGUGGUGGCACAGGCCUUUAGUCCCACAGCUAGGGAGCCAGAGACAGGCCUGAUAUACAAAGUAAGAAGACAGUGAAACACUGUCUCAGAAUACAAGUAACGAAAAAUAGUAAUGUUAAGCUCCUUAUUGGAGUGGAAGGAAACAAGUUCUCAGUAAGAGAAAAUGAAAAUCGGAAAUAAAAUAUUGACAUGAUAAAUGGAACAGCAUUAACACUAAUCAAGUGAUACCUUCAACGUCUCACGUAGAAGGCAGUAUCUGUUGCAUCAUUUGCUUGAUCGUGUGGUAGUCCUAGUGGCAAUCACAGGAUGCAGAGUCCUGGUGCUGAUGCAGCAAUGAAUAAGUAUAGGUAGCACUGUGACAAAGCCAAGGAAUGGAAGCAAAUGGCCUAGGGGGUCUUGGCUUGUGUUGGAGAGAAGGCAGAGGGAUAAGGUCAAACAUGAGCGUGAAUAUGGCAUUGAGUUGUAGUAAUCCAGCUAGCACUGUCUAAAAAGGACCAUGUAGGCAGGUUUGUUGGUUUUUUAUUAGAAUGGAGAUAGAGGCAGAAUAAGGAUUUUAAACCUUACUGGAUAGGUUAUAUUUGCACUUUAUAAGAGAAGCUGUAUGCGAGAAGAUAUUCUAAGCUAGGAGCAGUUGAAGCCGGCCUUUCAGGCUACGUGGUACACGAAGAGCGGAGAGCAGCGUCUUAGUGCACAUCUCCCUGUUGUCCUGAGGGAUCCAGAUUGAGUACGUUAACAGGAAGUUGCAGUGUGUAAGUCUGGGAAGCAAAAAGAGAAUGACUUCCACAGAAAAUCCAUUCUAAACAUAACAGAAGCAAUUACGAUACUCUUGAGCAAAAGCUUAAUUGUGUUUGUGCCAGUUAGGGUGGGGGAAGUAAGAAAAGGCCUCCAAAUUGAGUGUUAGAAUGCAGCAGAAGUGUGUCCUCUCCGUCCUUCCCACAUUACCAGAUUAGCUAAUGACAGUAAGUUGAAACUCUUGUUUGCUUUGGAGACAGGGUCUCAUUGUGUAACACUGGCUAACCUAGAACUCACAGCGAUCUGCCUGCCUCUGCCUCUCCCAACACUGCGGCUAUCCUGUAACUUUUAUCAACAGCUAGAGUGCCUGUUAGGAACUACUUGUGUUUUCUAAUUCCUUUUUUUUUUUUCUUAUGGUGAAAAAAGUGUAUAUUUAGAAUUAGCCAUCUGGUCUCAGUUUAGAUGAUCCCAGUCUUCGUGGCAACAUCCUGAGCAUCAUAAUCAGGAGUCAGGCCUUACAAGGUAUUGACUUUGGCCACAUCCAUGUCAUAGAGUAUUUUUCACAGCCUUUUUGAUCUGGUGCUUGCUGGACUUGACAUUGAACAAGAGCAUGUCAUUGUCCUCUAUCUUCUCCGCUGUGGUUGGGAAUUUGCUCCUGUCAAGCUUGUUUGUCCUGGGUGUACUUGUUGAGGUUUUUUAGGUUACCUCUGGAUUGGAUCUUUUUGUGUGUGGCUUUGGCUGCCUUUCAGCACUGCCUUCUUGGCUUCCAAGGCCUCCACUUUGGCUUAGGCUUUGGGAAGGGCAGGUGCUUCCUUCGAUUUUGGCGUCAUUUUUAAACCAAAUUACAUCAUGUCUCCCCUUUGCUUCAACUUGUCCCAUGGUCCUUCACCCUUCUCAACUUCAUGGCCAAUUGUUACAGAACACUUACUGUCAUGUCUAUACAUAAACACAACCUGCCUGUGUCUAGUAUUGCCUGUAUGUAUAUGACUACAAGGCUAAUCACUUGGUAUUUUAUAUCCAGUUGGGGGCUUAUCCCUGGGAAGAACUAUUUCUUCCUUUGUCAGAGUCCCUUAUUUUCCUGUAGUUAAAGUAAGACCUGGUGGGACUUUUCCCUUCCACUUUAGCAAGACUAUUGUGUCCUUUGUCCAGGCUUGGUUAGGCAACCAUAUUGUUGAGAUAUGAAUGAAACCUCUCUCAUUUCGGCCCUCUGGCUCUUAAAAUCUGCCUCUUCAUUCAUACUGUUCCCUGAGCCCUAGGUGCAGGGAUUGGGUUGUGAGGUUUAUACACUGGGGCUGGACACACUCCAGUCGGCCGUUCUCUGCCUUGUGACCCAUUGUACUUUUCUGUGAUGGUCCCCAUCUGCUGCAGAGCAGAGCCUCUUUGAUGAGGGGUGGGAGUUAACACUAACCUGUGGGAAUAAGAAUAAGUAUGUAUAAAGCAGUAAGGAAUUAGGCUGAUUUAAUAAAGCCUCGAUAGUAAAUUCUCUACAGCCACCAUCUCACCAGCUCCAGACAGUUGAUUAGGUUUCCACUACCAGACAUGAUUUCUGGCUGAGUGGGCCUUACGUCCAAUUAGAUGGCUGUUGAGUGUCACCAUUGCACCUUUAGGAAUAUUGUGUGCCAGGCAUUGGUUCAUAGGCAUCACAACUGGGUAGCCUAGUACCCAGUGUUACUUUUUUGUGUGUAUGUGUAAAUGUUCACACACACCUGAACAUGCCAUGUGUCAUGGUGCAUCCGUAGUAUUCACAGGACAACCGUACAUGUCACUCCUCAUCCUCCCUCCAUGGAGAACAAGGUCUCUUGUUCACUGCUGCAUUUGCCAGGCUGACUGGCUGGCAAGUUUGCCAAGAUGAUGGUUUCUGCCUCCCGUCACACAUAGGAACAUUGGGAUUACAGACAGACCCUACCAUGCCUGGGUCCUUGGAUUCAAUUUCGAUUCAACUGCUUGCAAAGCAAGCAGUUUUUCCCACUGAGCCACUUUCAGGUCACUUUUGAUCCCAUUUUAAGAUGUAGAAAUUGAGGAUCUCUCCUCUCUCUCUCUCUCUCUCUCUCUCUCUCUCUCUCUCUCUCUCUCUCUAAGACAGUGCACGAGGGGGUUGAAGCCAGCAGGCUUGUUUCCCAGCUGCUCUCUGGGCUGUGAUUUGGAGAACGGAAGCAAUGAAGUAGAAGGUGGUGGUGAAACCAUCCUGGUCUGGGAACUUUCUCUUGGUGAUUGAGAAGCAACAUCCAGAGCUAACGGAUUGGCAUGUAAAGUAAAUCCAAAACAAAACAAAAGAACAGCUCAUAGAUGGCCUUUUAAAGGCCAUGUUGGCCUGUGUCAUUUUUUAUUUGCUGGUUUACUUGUGUUUAAGGAAAACUGGAACCCACGUGGGACUUGAAGGGAAACCGGGAGUGUGGAAGAGCAAAGGGCUGUCUCUAGGACAGUUGCACUGCUGCUGCGAACCAUUAAGUACAAGGUGCUAACAAGUGAGAAGCCCUGCACAGAAGUUGAACACAGGCUUGCCUCUUGCAGAGAGCCGGACCUUUAUAAUCAAAAGUAGCUACAAGUUCUGUUUGUUUCCCCAAAUAACUUUGAACUUGACUAAAGAAUGUUCACCUUGCAUGUUGCAUAUGCACAGAUUAGCUACCCUGGGUCCCCUGAGAGAGGAUACACUGGAUAAAAGGAACAAGCGGCAGUGGACUGAGCUAUGUCCCCACUGUAACUGUGAGGUGCUCAGGAAAUCACUGGACUUUCGAGAAUAGAUGCUAGGUCUCAAACUGUUCAGCAAAUUGUGUCAGAGAGUUCUUCUCUGGAACACGUGUGAGGAUGGCCUACCUCUUACUGAGCCUAGCUAGCCCGUUUUAUGUGAGAUUUUAAAAUAUUAACUGAUACUUGGGGCACUUAAGGUUUGCAGGGGAUGCAGUAUACAGAGAGA